UGUACGUGGUCGAUUGUUCUGUUACUCGUUAUGGUCGACGUAUGUUCGCGAUCUUUAUUUUUAACAUAAAUAAUUAUAUUUGUAGUACCAGAAGUGUUAAACGAGUUUGAACAGUUUUUGCAGUAUUAGUCUAUAGUAUGUGGUCAAAAACUGUAUUACUUUCUUAAUUCAAGAAUGGCUUUCUCGAAUUCGGUCGCAAGGCGUCGUGUUAGAGUUGACAGUGGGCCAUCAGAGAGGAAGAAACCCAAGACAUGUUGUGGCUAUGGAGAGAACUGCUAUCGUCGAAAUCCAUUACACUUCUCAGAAUAUUUACAUCCACAUUUGGAAAGACUUUAUUCUCUACAGGAGGUUGGUAAAGAUUUGAUUCUACCCUCAGGUUACAAGGCAAAGAUAGACACAAGCAUAAUUUUGGACCAACUACAGAUAUAUCGUGAUCAAGGAUUUACUGCAGAAAAGGAUGUUCAGAAUGCUGAAAGUCAGAAACAGAAUACUGAAGAUGACAGACCAGUAUCAGUGGGGAACCAGAGUGUUAACCAAGGUUCAGACAUGAGGAAAGGCUUUGCUUUUAGAUUGGCCAAGGCUAGCCCUUACAACUUCUUCCUUACUGCAGUACGUGAUUCACCCCCGACUCAUAAUGAGGUGCUGUCUAUUAGAUUUCAUGAGCUCUUGGACCCUACAAUGGGGGACUUGGAUUCAUCUUUGCAGAUCAAUUUCAUGGUUGAACUGGAUUGGUUAUUGGAAAUGUAUAAAGUAUAUGGACAUGAGUCAAAACCACUAUUUAUCCUGUAUGGAGAAGAAGAUGAUAUGUUGAAAAAUCCAAAGUCACUCCCUCAAAACAUUACAGCCAAGAAAAUAAAACCUUCAGCCUUCGGUCAUCAUCACACAAAAAUGUCUGUCUUCUAUUAUAAAGAUAACAGUUUGCGAGUUGUUGUUAGUACUGCCAAUCUUAUAUCAUCAGAUUGGUACAAUCGCACACAAGGGGUCUGGGUAAGUCCAUUAUGUCCACAGCUCCCCCCCAAUUCUGAUACCAAGGCUGGGGAAUCUCCCACGGAAUUUAAGGCUGAUCUGCUGCGCUACAUGGCUUUUUAUGAGUUACCUGCAUUGCAAGAGUGGAUGUCUCGGUUACGAAAAACUGAUUUCUCAGCCAUCAGGGUCUUUUUUGUGGCAUCUGUUCCUGGCUCUCAUCGAGGGCCUGAGAGUGAAAAGUGGGGGCAUCGACGUCUUGGUCAUCUGCUGAAGAAACAUGUCGAGAUUCCCUCCCUUCUGUCUCCGAGCAGAGAGAACUGGCCAGUCGUUGCACAGUGUUCAUCUAUUGGAACACUGGGGACCAACCCUGACUCUUGGAUGUGUGGGGAGCUACGCGGCAGUAUGUCGCAGAGGAUGAUGCGACCUGGGGACAUGCUACAACCUCCGCCACAGUUCAGAGUGAUUUAUCCGAGCUUUCGGAAUGUGAAGAACAGUCAUGACGAUUUACUUGGAGGUCAAUGUUUGCCAUACUCAGGGCGAACACAUGAAAAGCAGACUUGGUUUACAAAGUUCCUGUUUGAAUGGAAGAGUGACAAACGACAUCGUUCAAAGGCAAUUCCCCACAUCAAGACUUACGCGCGGGUCUCUACCUGUGGCCGUUAUCUUGCAUGGUUCCAUCUGACAAGUGCCAACCUGUCUAAAGCUGCGUGGGGCAAAUUACAAGAGCCUAAGGGAAAAGGUUCAGCGCUGUACAUUAUGUCGUAUGAGGCUGGAGUACUGUUUGUGCCGAAGCUAUUGGUAAAUGAAGAGGUGUUUGCCCUAGAAGGAGAAAGGGUGACGGCAAACAAGCCGUCAUUCCCAUUGCCAUGGGACUUACCGCUGUCAGCGUAUGAUGCCGAUGACAAGCCUUGGGUCAGCGAAUAUUUGUAUUAAUGUCUUCAGACGACAAUUCAGCAAAACCUGCUUCCCGGGGCUGCAGAGGCAUCAUCCUGAUUCCUGAGGGAGCACAUUACAAAAUGAGAGGUGCUUGCUACCUUUAUCAUCUUUGCCCACUGCUUAAAGACAAUACAACCCCUUGGUAUGUUUUAUAUGUAUCUUUAUUCCUGGAGAAAGAGGCCGCUGUAGCUGUUAAAUAGGAAAUUGGCCGGAACAAGAGCUGGCCUGGACGUUGUGGCAGAGAGAAAAAUUCCUGUUUUUGCUAAGAAUCAAAGCCUGGUCUUCCAGCCCACAGACAGAGAAGAGAAGAUGUCCGAUUCUAAACGGUCAUUUCCAUUUGUGCCAAAACCACGUAGACCCUGUGUCAUGGUGUCAACGUCGUGUCAGUUAUGUGUACGCAGUGAUGACGUUAUUUUGCCGUCAUUGUUUGGUUUCUGUACGAUUACAUCAAACAUUUUCUUAUGUUGCCAAAUACUUCUACCUUGAGGUUUUCCAGCGAUGGCAGUGUGUCGUAUGGUUGAGGACAAAGUCCGUUGGAAAUGCAAGUAGUUUUAACCGUCCUCCUCCUCUUUGUGACUUGAAGGAUUAGCUGACCUUGUGCCUGUGCCUGUUACCAUCUUUCAGUCGUCUUCCUCUUAUUCUCCACCACGCAGGUUUAUAAUUCUGUGCUGUCCUUAGCCGCCUGUCAUCCUCGCCGAUUCCAUCUGAACGGUCGUCCUCAUCUCUUCCUGUAUAUAGUAAUGUCUUCAACUUUACCGGCUGCAGCUGACGCUGCCGUAGCUUCGUCAAACACCAUUAGAACUUGUUUAAGUGUUUCGUCUCGUAAGAAUGUAGCCUGGCUUUAGAUUAAUUUCAAUAUUCGUCUCUUACAUGCCAUCUAGACGCAAAAUAAUGGAACUCUGAUAUUUUAUGGUAUUUUGUGAGUGUAAGAGGUCAUUCCAUGAAGCAGCAGAGAAUAAAAUGCUGACAGUGACUUAAAUAUUUUUGGAAACCUGACACACGUGAGGACGCAUCAUUGCGACGGUGAGUUCAUGACAGUGAUGUGUGUUUGAUGUCAUAGGAACUGCUGGAAGAUGUGUUUUGUGAUAUGUGCGGUUGCUUUUGUAUGAAAAUAACUUUACCGUUGUUUUUUGUUCGAAUAAUGCGUUUACAUGUUCAUUUCAUCUUCAUUUUAAACUCUUGUGAAUUCUUGUUUUAGUUUUUUGAUUACUUUUUCCAGAAGAACGGUCUGCAGAUUUUUACAAAAUCUGUUCACUCGGUUUUCCUUUUCUCAAAUUUAAAGCGUGAUAAUGCGCACAGUACAAGGUUUUUCCUGAUAUGUCUGUAGUUGUACACUGCCACGUGUUUAAAAAUGCUGGUUCAGUUACCAAGGUUGUUUGUGAGAUCACAAAUGUUGAAAAAUAAAGGACUGAAAACAGUG